GCCAAGCCAGGCGGAGGAACAGGAGAUCGUUGUCGUGGAUAGCCAGGAGCAGAUAGUGGAAAAUGGAAGCCAUAAGCAAAUGGUGCAGCUGGAGAAUGGAACACAAAGGGAGCUCUCGGAGGAGGAAAGAGCAGAAAUGCUGGAAAAUGAGAUCCUGGAGGAGAUGGUAGCUGAGUCUCUGCGCCAAGAAGAGCACCAAAUGUGGGAGGACUUCCAUGCGGCGGAAUUUCGGUCGUGGGAAUCGUGGGCGGCCGUACAAGAUGACUUUCUGCAUGGAAGGAAGAAGCGAGCCAGAGUUCAGGAGGGCGAGCGUCUUUCUUACAGUGUCAGUGUCCUCCAGAAUGACGAGGGCGACGAGGAGGACGAACCUGACCCCACGGCCGCGGCUUCUGGCGAUCAUGGUGAUCCUGCUAUAGCUGUACGAGGGCAGGGAGUUGCUGACCAUGCUGAGCAGGGUGCGGGUGUCUCCAAUGUGGACAGUACUAGGACGGUUGAAGACGUGUUGCCCAUCACUGGUGAGAAGCCGGCUGAAAUGUGGGAUGAGAUAAACACGUCGAAGCCGGUCGUUGUGGCCAACGCAGAGAGCUUCGUGAACACCGACAACGGCAAGGAGGCCUACAGCUUGUGGAGGCAAGGGAAGUUGACGGACAGGCACAUUGGGAACAAGUACGGAUACAAUGUCCUUGGCAACUUCUAUGGUCGCAGGGACUGGGAGAAUGGGGUCUUUGAUGAUGACCUUGCAGCUGAAUCUGCCCAUGGUGACGCUCGUGAUCCGACCCCGGGUGCAUCGCAUGGACGGCCUGAAGAGGAUGUGCACGGAGAGCUG